GGUUCAGUGUCCUGGUGAAGUCCCCGUCCCUGGGAGGCCCGGCAGCAAUGGCGCAGGAGCUGCGGGGACUUACUGAUGAGCAGGCUUCGAGCGCCUGUUCCCAGCCGGACCCAGAAACCAAGGAUUUUAUAAUGCAACAGACCAUGUUGAGAGUGAAAGAUCCGAAAAAGUCUCUGGAUUUUUAUACCAGGAUCAUUGGAAUGACACUUCUGCAGAAAUUUGACUUCCCUGCUAUGAAAUUUACACUUUACUUUUUGGGUUAUGAAGACAAAAAGGAAAUUCCAGCUGAUAAGAAUGAGCACACAGCCUGGACUUUCUCACGGAGAGCAACUAUUGAGCUGACACACAAUUGGGGUACUGAGAUUGAUGAACACCAGGCCUAUCACAAUGGGAACUCUGAUCCUAGAGGCUUUGGUCACCUGGGUAUUGCUGUCCCUGAUGUUUAUGCUGCAUGCAAACGUUUUGAGGAGCUUGGAGUAAAAUUUGUGAAGAAGCCAGAUGAUGGUAAAAUGAAGGGACUUGCUUUUAUUCAGGACCCAGAUGGCUACUGGAUAGAGAUUCUCAGCCCAAAUCAAAUGCUCACCAUAGUUCCGUAGCUGAGGUGUAAGCAGUUACUCCAGUUUCUCACACUUUAAAUAUACAGACCACUCAUGGUACAACUCUCAUGGGUUUGAGCAAACAAAAGAUUCCUUUUAGUACCUGCAGUCCAACAUUACAGUAUUGUUUGCCCUCUAAAUAUCAAAUUAGAUUUACAUUUAGUGAUGUUUGAAUAGUUAGUAAACAUUGUAUAGAGUGGGAA